AUGGUACAUGGACAUCUGAAAUUGUUAAUAUUACGAUAGGCUCAUUUUCACACUUCACCUACAAAUUAUUAAAUGACCUCUGGAUUUUGUGAUGACCUUCCAUAUGAAAUUAGAACUGUUAAUUUUAUAAUGGAAAUGCCUAAUCCAAUAUCUGGUUAUUUGUCGUUUACAUCAUCAAAUACUAAUGAUGGAUAAGUUUCAAUUAGAAAUAUAUUUGUUUCAGUUCCCAAAUGUUACCCUUCUUGUUAAUAAUGCACAGGUCCAAAAUUCAAUUAAUGUAAAAGUUGUUAUUAUGGAUUACCUACAAACAAUAGUUGUCCUCCUUGUCCAUCUAAUUAAUAUUAUAAUAAAGAAUUUGGAUGCAGAGACAUUUGCUUUAUUGAUAAUCCUUAUUACUAUAAUGGAUUUUGUUAAUCUUAUCCAAGUAUUGAAUUAAAAUAUCUUAGUUAAUAUUAUUGCAUAAGGACCAUUAGGGAUGUAAAAAUAUCAUUGGUUUAAUAUAUAUGAUCCACUACAUGUAGAUACAUCUCCAAAUUUCAUAUAUACUAAUGAUUACGGGAUUUUUAAGUUUAAUUCUGGUAUCUACAGAUUUUAUAAUUCCUUAUCUACUUAGGCAAUUUAUGGAAUUGGUUUUUACAUCAGUCUUUUAACCUUUAAUGAUAUUCCCCUUAAUUGUGGGAUAUAGUUUUUGAUUAUGGACGUUAUAAAAUUAAUAAUCAAAAUAUUUAGGAUUUCACAUCGAAUUUUGGUGCAUUUAUUAAUCAAAUUAUUUAUUAAUUUAAUAACCCUAUAAUAACACUUAUUUUGGUUCAAUGUAUAGAAAUGAAUCAGGAAUUUAAACUCAUAAUAUUAAAAUCUAUUCAACUAGUUCCUACCCGUUGUAUUUAAAUUAUACCUCAAACAGCAGGUAUUACAUAAUUGCAUACAUUGAUAUCCCUAAAUUUCGAUUUUUAUUUUCAGUAAUUGGAAAUUAUACGUAUAAUUGAACUAUUUUAAAUUAGUGAUGAAACAGCUGGAUGGGGAUUAAGCUAUGUUUAAAUUACUUCAGGUUUUUGUCCUAAAUAUUGUUAAUUGUGUGAGGUACCAUUUAAAUGUAAUACUUGUGCAAAUGGAUACUAUAGGUAUAAGAACAAUACUUGCAUUGGAAGUUGUUCAUAGAAAUAUUAAAAUUUACAAGGUUCUUAUUGUUACGAUUUUGAUGAUGAAACACCUUGUAUUAACUUUCUAUUUAUUUAGACUCAUAAUAUUUAGUUUAUGACUUUAUAGGUUUAGUGCAAGAUCCUGAGUAAUAUACAUAAUAUAAACUAAUUUAUAAAAAUGCCACAAAUCUGUUAAAAGGAUCAGAUAUAUAUUAAUAAAUUUUAAAUAGACCUUAACUUUAAUAAAGAAUUUUUGGAGGGCCUUUGAUAUGGGCUUAAGCUAAAUUUUAAAGGAUUUAUAAUGUAGAUGACCCACAUCAUGGGAUUACCAUCGCAUUUUAUAUACUCUAUGGACCAGAAUUUCCUUCAGAUGGUUUAUUUAUUUAUACAGUUGAAAACAAUGAGCCAGUUUCUAAAUCAACCAAAAGUUAUAAUGGUUCAUAUUCUAAUGGAGAAAAAUACACUAGGGUAUAUGAAAGAAUAAAUCAUAAUACAAAUACAUUAACAAUAAGUUGGGAAUGUUUCGGACCAAAUAAUGAACCCAUUAAAGCUUAUUGUGGAUUUUAUAAUUAUUAUUUAGCUGUUCAUAAAUGUUAACCUUAUUGUUUAUAAUGUUUAAAUGAAACUACAUGUACUUAAUGGAGUAGCGAUUAUGAUGCAAAUGUUGUUAAAUUUUCAUAAGAAGAGUGUUUAAUUAACUAAUAUUAUGAUAAUGAUUCUUAUAGUUGUUUGGAUUGCCAAUUACCUUGUUUAACUUGCACAUCUAAAAUAACUUGUUAAACAUGCUAAUCUACUUAUACAUAAACUAAAUUAGGUUGGGUUUGCAAACUUAAUCAAUAUGAAGAUUCAAAUCAAUGUUUUGAUUGUCCAAUUGAAUGUAAUUAAUGCUUAAAUUCAAGCAUUUGUAUAGAAUGUUUAGUGACUAAUAAUAGAUAAUUAAAAAAUAAAUAAUGUAUUUGUAUUGAUGGAUACUAUCCAAUUUCAUAAAAUCCUUAAUGUUAAAGAUGUCAUUAAUUUUGUAAAACUUGCACUGGGCCUACUUAAAAUGAUUGUUUAAUUUGCAAUAAUAUUGUCAAUAUUUAAAUUUUUGGAACAAUAUGUAGAUGCCCAAUAGGUUAAUUUUUAAAAGCAACAGCUAAUUCAUGUUCCUAAUGUCAUUUAUCGUGUUAGACCUGUCUCCAAGAAACAAUUGACGGUUGUUUAACUUGUGAUUCUUCUUUAAACAGAAUAUUAAAAGGGAAAAAAUGCGCAUGUGCACCUGGUUUUUAUGAAUUGAAUAGUUUAUGUACAAGUAUAUAAACUAUUAUUAAUUUUAGAUUGUCCAGAUACAGAAGAUGCUUUUUUAAGUUAAUGUUAUAAACUAUGCAUUAAUAAUGAAUAAUUAUGGCAUACUAAUACAUGUAAUACUUGCGAUUCUGGGUUUGAUUUAAUCUCUGGAGAAUGCCAACCUAUUUGUGGGGAUUUAUAAAUAAAAGGAUAUGAAUAAUGCGAAGACAAUAAUACUAAUAUAGAUGAUUUGUGUUAUAAUUGUUAGUUUUAAUGUCCAUCUCAUUGUUUAACAUGUGAUGAAUAAACCACUUUACCUUGUCCUGAUAUUUGUGGAGAUGGAAUAAUUACUGGGAAUGAGGAAUGUGAAGAUGGGAACACUAUUUAAUAUGAUGGAUGUUUUAAUUGUAGAUAUUAAUGUUAACUUCCAUGUACAAAAUGUAUUAAAGGACAGUGUUUUGAAUGUAAUACAGGUGGUUGGGAUAUAAAUCUAACAAAUUAACCUUGGAUAUGUACAGAAAGAUGCGGAGAUCAUCUUGUAGUCGGAGAAGAAUAAUGUGAUGAUGGAAAUUAAAUUGAUACAGAUGGAUGCAAAAAUUGUAAACAUUUUUGUAGAAUUGGAUGCUCUUCUUGUAAUUAUACUACAAAAACUUGUUUAAGCUGCGAAUUACCUGGGUUUGUUCCAGAAAGUUACUAUUGCAAAAAUAUUUGCGGAGAUUAAUUAGUUGUGAAGGAUUCAUAUGGAUUCUAUAAAGAGGAAUGUGAUUAUGGAAAUAGUAAUAAUUAUGAUGGAUGCAAUAACUAUUGUCGAUUUUAAUGUUAAAUAGAAUCAGUAUGUAAGAGUUGUGUAAAUAAUCGAUGUGAAUAAUGCGCCCCUGAAUAUUGGCUUUCUGAUAAUAAAAUAUGCAUUCCUAUAUGUGGAGAUUCAAUAAAAGGGAAUAAUGUGAGAUUGAAUUCAUAUAACCCUAUAAGGGUUGUUUAAAUUGCAAAGCGAUAUGUUAAUCCUCUUGUCUUACUUGCGAUAAUACUGGACUUGGUUGUAAACUUUGUAAGAAUGGUUAUGAAAGAAUUGAUAAUUUAUGUAAAUCAAUUUGUGGAGACAGAAGAGUAACAUAAGAUGAAGAAUGUGAUGAUGGGAAUUUUAUUUUUGGAGAUGGUUGUCAUUAAUGCUCUUUUAGUUGCCCUAUUACUUGUUCAAUUUGUCAUAAGGGUGUUUGUUAAGAUUGUCUUGAAGGGUAUGAGUUAAUUAAUCAUUCCUGUCUUUAAAUUUAUGAUUACUAACCUGAUCCAAGAUGUAAUUCUUAUUGUUUGAGUUGUAGUAUUGA